AUUCAGUGAGCCAACCCCAACCGGCUAAAAUCUUAUGCCUGGUGUUAUGUAUAAGUAUGAUGACGGUCUCAAGGACACGUUGACAGAUUGUGACGCGCUCUCUGCUUCCUAACCACCAUAAUUCACCUCGUAUUGGCGCCAUGCUACCCAAAACCUUUAGCCAGAUUGUCCUUCGCGAACGCCCCAUCGCAGACAUUCUCCCAAAUACCUUCGAGUCUAAGACCCAGGCGUUCGAUGGACUCCAUGUCGGCAAGAAUCAAGCUCUAGUCCAAGUGACAUACCUCUCACUUGAUCCUGCCAUGCGUGGAUGGCUCAACGAUAAGCGAAGCUACCUCCCUCCUGUGAAAAUCGGGGAGGUGAUGCGCGGGCUUGGGCUUGGUGUUGUAAUGAGCGUGGGCGAGGGGAGCAAGUUCAAAAAGGGGGACCUGGUUCAUGGGACGUUUGGAUGGACAGAAUAUGUGGUUGUGAACGACAACUCGUUGGAGAAGAUCUCGCCACCACCGGGAACAACGUCCCUCGACUUCUUGAACACUUUGGGGAUGCCAGGCAUGACUGCUUACUUUGGCCUUCACGAAGUUGGUCAGCUGAAGGCUGGUGAAACAUUAGUCGUAUCCGGUGCUGCUGGUGCAGUCGGUUCUCUCGUCUGCCAGCUCGGAAAGCGAGCAGGCGCACGCGUGGUUGCCAUCGCAGGCACAACAGACAAGUGCGCCUGGCUCGAGAACGAGUUAGGCGUGGACAAAGUGCUCAAUUACAAAAGCCCUACGUUCCGUAAGGAUUUCGUUAAGGCUGUUGGGUAUCUAGAUGUCUACUUCGACAAUGUUGGAGGCGAGAUGCUUGAUUUAGCGCUCUCGAGGUUGAAGCAAAAUGCAAGGGUUGUUCUGUGUGGGGCUAUCUCCCAGUAUAAUGCUCAACAGCCCAAAGGUCUCAUGCAGUAUCUGAACCUAAUCUCACAACGUGCCAAGAUACAAGGUUUUAUUGUUUUCGACUAUGUUAAGCAGUAUCCUCAGGCCAUCCAGGAAAUAGCAACUGGAUUGAUUGAUGGAUCGAUCAAGCGCAAAUUCCAUGUUGUGGAAGGACUCCAGAAUGCUCCCAAUGCGCUAACUAUGCUCUUCUCUGGGGCAAAUUCAGGAAAGUUAGUUGUUAAAGUUUCGGAUGAGCCUGCUAUGCUCGCGAAGCUGUAGAUCAACAAGAUGCAUCCUGAUACCCUGCCUCGUCUAAACUGCGUGUUUCAUUCCAAGCCACACUGAGUAGUUCAACCGACACCGAGCUGGUCAAUUUAUAUGAUUUCUUAUUGUCUAACUUUCAUCUAGUAUACAAUAAACUUAGUGCUGCCAUUCGUUGGCCAUUCGCGAUCACAAAUUGUGCCAUGGUACUCGC